UCGAAAUCGCAGCGGUCGGCUGGGAAUCAUUGCGUCCAACCAGAACUGAACCGGCUCACUCCAGCUUUUUACUGUCCCAUCCCGUACAAAACCCUCAACCACCCGUCGUCCGCCUCCCUCCCCCCAUCCCCCCGGUGUCCCCAAUUGAGCCAGCCACCACCCACAUAUCAAGAUGCUCGUCCAAUUGUCCAGAGCCACUGUACGUCUCUCUCUCUCUUCUCUUCUCUUCCCGUUAUCGUGAUGAUGAUGUUGUUGUUGUGUUGUCGCUGUUGGCAUCGGCCUCCGUUCGGACGCGCGGACCGUCGGUCGGAAAUCAAGGAAAAAAACUGACGACUUUUUGCCCAAACAGCGCGCCGCUUCGGCUGUCUCCCGGCUGGCGAGGCCCAGCGCCGUCCAGAUGAGGGGAUUCAUUGCUCCCACCGUCUCCCGCAGAGCCGACUUCGUCCAGGAGCUCUACCUCAAGGAGCUCAAGGCCUACAAGCCCACCCCCAUCAAGGAGUCCGACUCCCAGGGCCAGGUCCAGACCUUCUCCAUCCCCGCCACCCCCAAGUCUCCCGAGGAGGCCGACCUCGCCGCCAGCCUGAAGGAGUACGAGAGCAUGGCCGUCGAGGUCGAGGGCCAGGACGCCACUGCUGCCGCCAACGGCGAGCCCGUCAAGCACGACUGGCUCAUGAUUGAGGAGGACGAGGAGGAGCCUCACCACUAGAGCGCUUCGGCGACGUGCAAAACCGUUAUUGGAAAAGAAAACAAAAAAGUUUCAAAACGAACCACACCGUCCCGGAUUACCCCGCCGAAAAGAUAAAAACGUCCAUCAAUCCUGAAGUGAUGGGAGGGAAAAGUGCUUUUCCAACCUUGGCUUCUGGGUUUGUAACCUUUGCCGCUUGCUCCGAACCGACCAAAAAGGAGUGGGAAACGUGUUUUUGUGAUUGAGAGGAAAGGAGAGAAGGAGAAAGAGAGAGAGGAACCCUAGAAACGAGGGGAAAGGUGUGCUGGGAGGUGGUAAUCCCGUGUAUAUUGUCCAACUAAACCUCGCUGGCUAGGAAUGCUAUUCGCAUGCGCUUCAACUAUCGGUUCCUCUUGUGUAUAUGUGGCUCAUGCCACUCAUAUGUGUGAUUUUACCUGGACAUCCUCGACCAAUAAUCACCAUACUCCGGCAGCUCCCAUGCCGAAUCGAUUGAGACGACUCUAUCGCUUCUG